CUGGAGGUCAGAGUUCACAGAAAGUGAAAGCAGCAAACAAGCUUCGUGUUCAGACAUCCAAGAUAGUGUCAAGCUUUAAGAACGACUCUGUAUCUUGCCGAAUGGUGCGUGAGUAUGUUGGUCACCGAGACGGAGUCUGGGAUGUCGCAGUGUCCAGGGGAGGAACACCUGUCAUAGCCACAGCAUCUGCAGACCAGACAGCCUGUGUGUGGGGCAUUGAUGGAGGGAGAAAUCUGCUGCAGUACACAGGUCACAGUGGAUCAGUCAAUUCAGUCAAAUUUCACCCCACAAAAGACCUGAUCCUUACAGCAAGUGGAGACAACACAGCUCAUGUUUUCCAGGCUGCCAUCACCCCUGACCAGCUGCGUGUACAUUCCUCAGAAGACGAAGUAGAUGGCAGUGACAGAGAAGAUGAAGAAGAUGGAGGCAUGAUGGGAGUACGUGGUGAUGGUGGUGGAGCUGCAACACUCCGCACUCCUUUGAGAGAGCUGACAGGACACACCAGUGUUGUUAUUGCUGCUGACUGGCUGCCAGGAGGAGACCAAGCGAUUACUGCUGCCUGGGACAGAACGUCUAAUCUUUAUGAUGCCCACACUGGGGAGCUGCUUUCACAGUUGAUAGGUCAUGACCAAGAGCUGACACAUUGCUGUUCGCAUCCUACGCAACGGCUGGUUGUCACGGCUAGCAAAGACACAACUUUCCGGCUGUGGGAUUUCCGUGACCCAAUACACUCUGUUUCUGUCUUUCAGGGCCAUACUGAGAGUGUUACUUCUGUUUGCUUCACACGAGAAGAUAAAGUUGUAUCAGGUUCGGAUGACCGCAGUGUAAAGGUUUGGGAUGUGAAGAACAUGCGAUCUCCUCUGGCCACAAUCAGGCUAGACUCCCCGGUGAAUAGAUUGGCAGUAUCUUCCUCCAAUGUCAUUGCCAUUCCCCAUGAUAACCGUCAUGUGCGACUCUAUGACUUAUCGGGGAAUCGCCUUGCAAGGUUGCCCAGGAGCAACAGACAGUGUCACCGUCGGAUGGUGUGCAGUGUGGCUUGGGCGGAUGACAAUGUCGGAGCAAGAUGUAACCUCUUUACAGCUGGGUUUGACCGUGUUGUGUAUGGCUGGUCGAUCCACUCGUUUAAGGAAGGAAAGGAUUAAAGUCAUCAUAUUUGUUUUGUCUGUACACAUAUGUGUGUGUAUUUAUGUAUGAUGUAUACAUAUAUUUUGAUAUACUGAUAUAUGUAUAUUGUUAUAUAUUUAUGCAUAUCUAUUUGUGUAUAUCACGUUACAUGGAAUGUAUGUAUGCCAAAAAGGCAGUGUUCAUAGUUUGUAGAUCGUAAGUGUCCUCAGCAGAUACAGCCUGUAGUUCAUGAGUGUUACUUAAUGCAAAACUCGAUGUGAGGAGAUUGAUGGUUGCUACAGCAAAUGAAGCCAAAUGAUUUAUAGCUACUAUGACUUUUGGACAGCAUUAUGGAACUUUUUGGUAAGGGUAUGAUUGCGUUUGAUGGUAUAUUUAACUAACACUUACCUCUCCUUUCUCUCCUUUGUAGACUUUUCUCUCCUCUGCUCUCUUGUCUUUUGUCUUUUUUCUUUCCCCUCCCUCUCUCUCCCCUUUCCUCUUUCCCUCCUCCCUCCUCCCUCCUCCCUCCUCCCUCCUCCCUCCUCCCUCCUUCCUCUAACCUUUCCCUCCUUUCUCCUCCCUCCUUCCUCCCUCCUCCCUCCUCCUCUCUUUCUCUUUCUCUUUCUUUUUCUCUUUCUUUUUCUCUUUCUCUUUCUCUUUCUCUUUCUUUCUCUUUGUAACAUAAGGUGCUGACCUCCAGAUUGAGGAGUAGGAGUGUUUAGGGUGAGUAAAGCAAGGUUAAUAAAGAAACCUGAGGUACAUUUGACUUGCAUUAACAAAGGUGAACAAAGUGGUAUGUAAUAGAUGCUCCUAUCCCUAGUCCUCCUAUCAUCCCCUCCCUCUUUUCACACACACAGAAGGAAUAUUAGAGUAUCUGUGAUCCUUUGUACAUUUUUUAUUUUUACAUUUUUUUUUUUUCAGUCUUUUUUGCCUUUUGCAUCAUCUUGAAGUGGGAAGCUAAAUUUGUGCAUUUACAACAGCCAGUUUCUGAGGGUUGUCUUCUGUCCAUAAAACCUAGACUUUGCGUUGCGCAUGUCAUAGCGUAGUCCAUCUGUCCGUCCGUUGAAGAUUGCAUACUGCACUCUCGACUCCAAAACCAUUCAGUAUUCUUUUUGUGGCACUGAAAGUGGAUGUUUGCUGCAUCAUAUAGGUGCCAUAAUGACCUAGGCAGUUUUUACAAGGGCAUUUGGAUAUUUUGUGAUUAAAAUUAUUAUCAUUAUUUAUUUAAUUUAAUAUUAUUAGUAUUACCAUUUCUUUACCCUUUAUAACAUUGAUUUCCUUUAACCUGCAGACAAAGAGAGUGAAUGAAAUGUUCACAGUAUAGAUUUUAUUUUUGUUAGAGUUUGAGGGUGCCAUUUUCAUUAACUAUUUAUUUGAUAUAUAAUUUUUAUAAGAUUAAAAGGAUAAAACUUGCCAGCUACUUCACAUAGCCCAUGCUGCAGUUGUGCUCAUGCUGUUUGACACAAUUCUCAGUGAUAUGUAUAUUUUCCUCUGCUACUCUUUUUAGAUUAUACAAGCCACAUAACCUUCAAUCAUGUACUGCAGUAGACAUGCACCCAUACACAUGUGCAAGUGUCCUCUAAUGAAAACAGAACAGCCAAACGCAUUGGAUCUGAAUAUUAUUUUGUACUGGCGCUAUUUUAUAAACUUCCCAGGGUUUUCUUUAGGAAACGGUGCUUUAUAGAUUUCUCAGUUUGCAAUUCAGAAUAAUGGUUAAUAAUCUGUUACUUAAUAUUAUCAGUAAACUUGGUCAGUUGUACCCCUUGUGUUCAUGUCCAUAUACUUUUCUUAACAAAUGUAUUUGACUUAUUGCUAUUAUAUUUAUUGUGGUGGACUCUUUUGUGUGUGUAGAUAUGUUUGCUUCCCACAUAUCAGGUACUAUCCCGAAUUAACUUAAAGCGUUUGUUAUGUCUCUUGUAGACUGCAUCUACACAUAGCUAUGUACUUUAUCAGUAACACUGUUUCAUAGGAUACAUUCAUAUGAACUGCAGAACAGAAUAACCAAUUGUUGUGCCUUCCCCAUUCAUAGCCGCAAAGCAGUCCAAAAAAAAAAGAAAAAAAAGAAAUAAAAAGGUGGUUUACAGAAGUGUAUAUCCUAGACAUUUUAAGAAUCCAGUUGGGAAAUGCACGUUUGAGAAUUGGCUCUUUGUCGUGUCCAGCCGCUGGGGCAAAAUUUUUCAGGGGCUUCUCUCCCAGGCUGAUGUUUGGUUGACAGGAGUUGGUGUCAUACUCCAUGCCUUUGAUCAUGUUUUUCUCUUUCUUUCUUUUCUUUUCUUUUCUAUCUUUCUUUUCUUUUCUUUUCUUUUCUUUUCUUUUCUUUUCUAUCUUUCUUUUCUUUUCUUUUCUUUUUGUGACUGUUGAAUAGCCAGUAUUUUGCCCCAGGGCCAAGCAGAGCUGUUAGAGGUAUUUGGUUAUUACUGUUACUUAUACUACCUUUUGGCAUUACUGUUGAUUAUUAUUUGCUUUUGCUUUUAUGAUUAUAUUAAUAUUCAUUAUUAUUAUUAUUAUUAUUAUCAUCAUUAUUAUUAUUAUUAUUAUUAUUAUUAUUAUUAUUAUUAUUAUUAUUGUUAUUAUUAUUAUUAUUAUUAUUAUUAUUAUUAUUAUUAAUAUUAUUAUUAUUGUUGUUGUUGUUACACUUAUCAUCAUCAUAACUGAUAUCAUCAUUUUUAUAUUGCUGGUAAUGAUGCAGUCAAGAAAAUGCAUAUAUGCACACACCCACACGCAUAAGCACACUCACACAUGGAUGUAUGCCUCGGUUACACUUACACUUACACAUACACAUAUACAUACACAUACACACGCAUACACAUACACAUACACAUACACAUACACAUACACAUACACAUACACAUACACAUACACAUACACAUACAAAUACACUUACAAAUACAGAUACAGAACACAUACAUGCACACUUUGAUUUGCAUUUACAUUUACACACAUCUGCAUACAUUUCAACUUACCUAUAUGCAUACACAUACUCUUGGACAUACAUUUACAUUGACUGUUAUACUAUACAUAUCCACAUACAUAUAUUUAAAUUUACACUCCACACUUACACUCAGUCACACUCACACUAACACUCACACUUUUAAAUACUUUAAGGAUGGAGUUGAUGAGAGAGUCAUCAGUGAACACAGAGUGAUAGGAAUCACACUGUGCCUCCUGUUUGCAAAAAUUGUGAAUGCAUCAUGGAAGCAAUCAAUUAUUACCAGUUAUUUGUCAUACCCAUACAAUGGUGUUUUAACUUCCAUUGAGUAGUUGGUUUUAACGUUCAAAUUAAGUUGAAAUUAUGUGGUAUCUUGCAAAAGCUUUUUGUAAAAAAGUUUAAGUUAGACAAAAUUAUGAAUAUCUGUGAUCCAACUAGUUGCUGUAUUAUUGGUAGUGCUAUGAUAAUGGAAGAUGUUUGAUGUUUUUAAUUAUAUUACCAAUUUGAUUAUUAUUAUUAUUAUUAUUAUUAUUAUUAUUAUUAUUAUUAUUAUUAUUAUUAUUAUUAUUAUUAUUAUUAUUAUUAUUAUUAUUGUUUUUUUUAUUAUGAAUAUUAUUAUUAUGAUUAUCAUCAUCAUUAUCAUUAUUAUUACUACUGCUACUACAAAUGUUAUAAUCAUGUCUGAUACCAUUAUCAUCAUUAUUAUUAUUAAUAUUAAUAUUAUUCCUUUUUAGUUUAUUAAUUAAUUAACAUACAUUUAAUUGUCAUGGUAAUAGAUAUUUUUUUUGUUAUAAUUUUCUUUACUGUAUGCAAAGUAAAUAUACAAAUCAAACCAAAGUAUUAUGUUUAUAGUGAACUUACGUCUAAGAAAACAUAUUUAUAUGGGAGUAUAUAAAGGCUUGAAAAAAUUAUAAUAUAGAGUAUAAUGCAGAACUGUAUUAUAAAAAAUAUUUAUUUAUAGAGCAGUUAUGGUCAGAUGCUGUAUAUAUUGACCUUUGUAACUCUUGGUUUUCUCAUCUUGUCAUUGCUAACUACAAUGGUUUGGUGAAAGUUUGGAAAUAACACUGUUAAUCACUGGCUGGCAUUGUUUGUCAUAGCAGCGAUAGCCUGCACUAUGUCUCUGCUUGGCACUUUUUGUCACUGUAGCUACUGCUUUCACUGUCAGCCACUGCUUGACAUUGUCAGCCACCGCUGGUUUGUUAUUAUCAGCCUCUGCCUGGCAGAUGUUAGCCAAGGAAGAUGUGCUGGUGUUUUAGAUAGGUCUGUGUAUUGUGUAAAGUGCCAAAGGAAUCAUUGGUGCAGGAUCUGCCCCUCAGCGCCUGUCCUCAGGUUGAAAAGGGACAGGAGAGAGUUGGAAGUUAACAGUGAAGCUGCCGAAGUUGAAAGGAAGGAGCUUGUAUAUGUGAUGUUUAUUGAUGAAGGAAUAAAUAAUUAUGCAGUAUUAAAACUAACCCAAUAAU